CCCAAACAGAAAACCCACAUCUAAAACGAACCCCCGCGCCGGACGUGCACGAAAGAAACUGAGCACCUGACUGCCGGAUAGAUCGAAUUCCACGCGUGAUGGCGCCGCCGGUGAUCAGCAGCGAGACGCCAACGGAGACGACGACGAAGUUCCUGCCGACGGGGGAGCCGACGGUGCGCGCGGCGUUCGUGCGCGACGAGGACGAGCGGCCCAAGGUGGCCCACGACGCGUUCAGCGACGAGGUGCCCUUGAUCUCGCUGGAGGGAAUCGACGACGGCGAUGACGGCGAGCGGCGGGCCGAGAUUCGGGCCCAAGUGGCGGCGGCCUGCGAAGGGUGGGGCGUGUUCCAGGUGGUGGACCACGGCGUGGGCCUGGGCCUCGUGGCCGAGAUGGCCCGGAUGUCCCGGGAGUUCUUUGCGUUGCCUGCAGAGGAGAAGCUCAGGUUCGACAUGAGCGGCGGGAAGAAGGGCGGCUUCAUCGUCUCCAGCCACCUCCAGGGGGAGGCGGUGCAGGACUGGCGAGAGAUGGUGACGUACUUCACGUACCCGCUCCGCGACCGCGACUACGCGCGGUGGCCGGACAACCCUUCCCGGUGGCGCGCCGUGGUGGAGGAGUACGCGGAGCAACUGAUGGGCCUGGCCUGCAAGCUUUUAGGCGUGCUCUCGGAGUCCAUGGGCCUGGACACGGACGCCCUGGCCCAGGCCUGCGUCGACAUGGACCAGAAGGUCGUGGUCAACUUCUACCCCAGGUGCCCCCAGCCCGACCUCACCCUGGGCCUCAAGCGCCACACCGACCCCGGCACCAUUACCCUCCUCCUCCAGGACCACGUCGGCGGCCUCCAGGUUACUCGUGAUGAUGGCCGGACUUGGAUCACCGUGCCUCCUGUCCCCGGCGCCUUCGUCGUCAACCUCGGAGACCAUGGCCACUAUUUGAGCAACGGGAGGUUCAGGAACGCGGACCACCAGGCGGUGGUGAACGGGGAGUGCAGCCGGCUGUCGAUCGCGACGUUCCAGAACCCGGCGCCGGAGGCGGAGGUGUGGCCGCUGGCCGUGAGGGAAGGGGAGGAGCUUGUAUUGGAAGAGCCUAUGACGUUUGCCGAGAUGUACCGCCGGAAGAUGGCGCGUGACCUCGAGCUCGCAAAGCUCAAGAGGGAGGCCAAGGCGGCGGCGGAGAAGCCGCAGCAGGAGCCGGUCAAGUCCAUCGACGAGAUCCUGGCCUAGAUGACAUUCAGAUCGAUCAUUCCGGAGCCGUGUGCCGUGUGUAGGAGGAGAUCGGGCUCUGUAAUAAUAAGGUGUUGUGCGUGCGUGCGUGUGUGUGGAACCGCGCGAGGGGAUCGGUUGUCAUGGGUUUGCUGUGUGCGGAAAUUAAUUAAGCGUGUUUCGUACUUUCGUGCC